AUGACGUCACUCAUCAGUGAAGAAGUCUAGGGCUUUAAGCUUCAUACUCUAAUUCACAAUCAAAACAGUCCCGACAUAUUCAGCUCCGUCGCUAACGCCGCCUGUACCGUCGGCAUCACAUUAACCUUCAAACGCCGUUGGUUUGCUCUUCCCCACAGGGAUUCUCAUCUGAGAGAGAGAGAGAGACUAGCUAGGAGCAAUGGGUUGGAAAGCUGCUGAGAAACUCAUCAGACACUGGAAGAUACUUCGCGGUGAUAAUGUAAUGAUUAUCCGCGGGAAAGAUAAGGGCGAGACGGGAACAAUUAAGCGUGUCAUCAGAUCCCAGAAUCGUGUCAUUGUUGAAGGCAAGAAUCUGAUCAAGAAGCAUAUAAAGGGAGGUCCUGAUCACGAAGGUGGGAUUUUCACGGUAGAGGCUCCCCUUCACGCCUCAAAUGUCCAAGUUGUUGAUCCAGUCACCGGGAGGCCUUGUAAGGUUGGUGUGAAGUACCUAGAGGAUGGUACAAAAGUAAGAGUGGCCAGAGGCACAGGCACAUCUGGUUCCAUUAUUCCUCGCCCUGAGAUCCUGAAGAUAAGGACAACACCAAGACCCACUACCGCUGGCCCUAAGGACACCCCAAUGGAGUUUGUUUGGAAGCAGACAUAUGAUGCUAAAACUGGAAAGGGCAUGCCUGAUCUUUGAGUAAAACCUUCUUCCUAGAAUGUUGAUGCUCCCAGAAGAUCCUUUACAGUUUGAUUUGGUUCAAAGAUCUGAGAAAUGAGAUGCUGUUGAACAAAGCUUUUGAUUCUUUCUUUUUCGUUACUCCUAUGAAUGUUUUCAAGGUGUCAAAUAAAAACCAUAUGGGGAUAAAGAUUUGCAGUACACAAAAGUCUUAAAACACAAAAAC